AUGCUUCCCUCCAGAGAAAUGUAUAUUUUAAUAACGGACGAUUUUGAUAUGUACGCAAGAGUGAACAUUCACAUGGGGCUCUACAAAAAUUGUCUUCUAAGUAUGUACGCCAUUGGCAUAGACGUUCAGCAUGCGUCAUGCAAAUACAGCAAAAAUGGUAUUAAUUACUCGAACCAAUCUUAA